GUGCAUGCAUCAGUUGAUCAACAAAAUGGGAGAUCAGAAAGGUUCAUCUGAUGAGAUACUCCAUAAUCUUUUCACUCUAAUGAAAAUAUACAAAGACGGCCGUGUGGAAAGGUUAUCCGGCACCGACGUCGUUCCGGCCGGCUUGGACGCCGAAACCGGAGUGCUAAGCAAAGACGUCGUGAUUUCGCCGGAGCCCAAACUGUCUGCUAGGCUCUACCUGCCGCCCAAGAUUUCUGCCGGCCGGAAACUUCCGCUUUUGUUGUAUUUCCACGGCGGCGCGUUUGUGGUGGAGUCCGCCUUCUCGCCCACGUACAUGAAGCCGCUCAACUUGCUGGCGGCGGAGGCCAACGUCUUGAUCGUGUCGGUGGAUUUCAGAUUGGCCCCGGAGCACCCGCUCCCGGCGGCUUAUGACGACGGGUGGACGGCUCUCAAAUGGGCCGCUUCCCACGCCGCCGGCGACGGCGGCGAGGAGUGGCUGAACGAGUAUGCUGACUUCGACCGGGUGUUCCUCGGCGGCGACAGCGUCGGCGCCAACAUAUCACACAACAUGGCACUCCGGGUCGGCUCGAGUGAGAAUAAUAAUAAUAGCGUUGACGGCGUCAAAAUUAACGGACUUUUCUUCAACUGUCCGUUUUUCUGGGGCGCGGAAAGGAUCGGCGAUGAAGGGGACAUCCCGAUCUUCGUCUCGUUCUUCGACACCAUAUGUCGGGUCGCCCUGCCGGAACCCGCGGGGCUGGACGACCCGCGUAUCAACCCGUCCAAGGACCCGGAACUCGCAAAACUGGGUUGCAAGAGAAUUAUAAUUUUUGUUCCAGAGAAAGAUCCAUUAAAGCACAGAGGGUGGCUGUACAAGGAAGCAUUGGUUAGCAGUGGGUGGCGAGGGGCGGCGCAGGUGGUGGAGGUUAAAGGUGAACACCAUAUUUUCAAUUUGAACAACCCCACAUGUGAUAACGCCAUGGCUAUGCUUAAAAAGCUCGCCACUUUCUUCCACGACCACAACCCCUAAUAAAUGAGAUCAGAUCGAGAUCGAGUCCAUGACACAAAAUCAUGUAAUAAUAAAAUCGAGAUCGAGUCCAUAGCAUAGAAUCAUGCAUGCGAUCCCGACCAGACAUUACACGGCAGCAACUCAUUUUCCUUAACCCUUUGUGUUUCAGUGAACUUCCAUGAGUCAUGUAUUUGGUCCGGUUCCAAUUUGCUGUCAUGCUUCAUUUUAAUAUUGGAGAUAAAUAAUAUUUAAUGUCUGGUGCGUUACAUUA